AAGAGGAGUACAGCCAAUGGUGGAGAGAACAGCAAAGUGAACCAGGAAGGUCCGUGGAGAAAUGGAGCUUCUAACAGACCUUCCAGUUCAAGGCGUCAUAGACCCACAAUUCAACCUGUAGAUGGGUUUACUUCACGGCCUGAUUUUCUCCAAGUCAGUGUCACAAAAUAUGCAGAAAACACUGGCCUGAAGAUGCAUGGAGGGUUUGUUCUGAGGUACAUCACCAACUGGAAUGGGAAAAUGGUGGAGCUUAAACUUGGAGAAAGAGACAUGGUUCGUGGAAAUUAUGUCACGCCGUGGUGUUCCUACUAUUUGUGAAGGGUGGUGCCGAUUUGUGCGUGAUAACUCUCUGAAAGCUGGUGACACAUGUAUAUUUGUGGGCACUGCCAUGGAAGAUGUGCUCCAAGUUCACAUUUUAGAUGAAUGAUGCUUGUGAAUUGGAAAGUUUGAAACAUCUGUUAGAUUGAGUAUCAAUGUAUGGUAGGCUGUGUAAGGACUCCAUUUAGAUUCUGACCACGUCAUUAAUUCUAGGAUGUUGAUGUUAGGGGAUGUUUCUGGUAAUGUUAUAUGCACUUCUAUUGGUUGACAUUCAUCUGCAACGUGUUUCUGCAGAAAGAAUCAGUUAUACUAAUAGCCAUUGCGAUAUGUAGAGCAAGAACAUUCGGUGCCAGUUAUUUUACGAGGG